AUGGCGCCGCCCCGCGCCUUCGCUCCUGCGCGCGCCGUUAGCCUCUUGCUUCCGCGUGCCACGGCGCAGAUCGCGGGAAGAAUCACCGGCGAGCUACCGGUUUCGUUCGUGCCUGGCAAUGCCGUCGCGUCCUUGCGCACAACGGCUCUGCAACCCCAAAACCCACCAACUCCCGCCCUGAUCCCUGCGCUUCCCCGCGUGUUCCGCCAUUUUUCUUCAGAAAAACAUAUGACCCCCGUUCCGCGCAAGCGCCUUCCGCUGGUCGCAGCGGCUCAGGCGCAGCACACUGAUGUCAGCUCCGAUCUGGCGGAACCAUCCCCGCCAGGCGCAAGCGGCGCAGAGAGCGCGGAAUCCGCCGGGGGGAGAAGUAACUCGCUGGCGGAAUUCCCCCCGCUGACAUGGCCCAUGCGGAGCCACCUAUGCGGGGAGCUGCGCGCGGCGGACGAGGGCGCGCGCGUGCAGCUGUGCGGAUGGGUGGGCGCGCAGAGGGGGCUGGGCGGAGUGAUCUUCAUCAGCCUGCGGGACCACUCGGGCAUCGUGCAGGUCAAGUCAGACCCCGUGCAUCACCCGGAGGCGCAUGCAGCGGCGCAGCGCGUGCGCAUGGAAUAUGUGGUGCGCGUGGCAGGGGAGGUGCGCAGGCGGCCUGCAGACAUGGUCAAUGGGAAGAUGGCCACGGGCGAGAUAGAGGUCAUAGCAUCGGAGGUGGAGGUGCUGAAUGCGGUGCGUGUGGCGCUGCCCUUCUCGCUGACUGCAGCAGAGGGUGCUGACAACAUCAAGGAGGAGGUGCGCCUGCGCUACCGCCAUCUGGACCUGCGGCGGCCGCUCAUGGCGGCCAACAUGCGCAGGCGCCACCAGAUCGUGAAGACGCUCAGAAGGUUCCUGGAGGACGACCUGGGGUUCGUGGAGGUGGAGACGCCCAUCCUCACGCGCUCCACGCCUGAGGGCGCCCGCGACUACCUCGUCCCGUCCAGAGUGCAGGGGGGUGAGUUCUAUGCAUUGCCACAGAGCCCGCAGCUGUUCAAGCAGAUGCUCAUGGUGUCUGGCUUCGACCGCUACUACCAGGUCGCACGGUGCUUUCGAGACGAGGAUCUGAGGGCGGACCGCCAGCCCGAGUUCACGCAGCUGGACAUGGAGCUCUCUUUCACACCGUUGGAUGAGAUGCUCGCCCUCAACGAACGGCUCAUGCAGCACCUAUUCCAAACCAUCAAGGGAGUGAAGCUUCCAAGCACUUUCCCCCGCCUAACCUACGCUGAAGCAAUGCUCCGCUUUGGCUCGGACAAACCGGACCUGAGGUUCGGCAUGGAGAUAGCUGAUAUCUCGCACAUUGUCGCGGGCAGUGGCUUCAAAGUUUUUGAAUCUGCCCUGGAGGCAGGCGGGGUGGUGAGGGCAGUAUCAGUGCCGGGCGGCGCAGCGAAGAUUUCAGCGACGCGGGUGAAGAAGGGCGACGUGUUUCAGGAGGCGGUCAAGGCGGGCGCCAAGGGGCUGCCCUUCCUCAAGGUGCUGCCGCAAGGCAACAUAGAGGCCAUUCCAGCCAUCUCUGCUGCCUUCUCAGAUGCCGACAAAAGAGCCGCCCUUCUGCAGUCCGUAGACGCGCAACCGGGCGAUCUUGUCUUAUUCGCCGCGGGCCUGGCCAAUCAGGUGGCAGCAACGCUCGGGCGGCUGCGGCUGUACGUGGCGGGGAGCUUGGGUCUGAUUGACGAAUCAGCGGAGGCGAUCCUCUGGGUGACAGACUUCCCCAUGUUUGAGUGGAACGAGGGCGAGCAGCGCCUGGAGGCACUGCACCAUCCAUUCACAGCCCCCCAUCCGGACGACAUGGCGGACAUCAGCACGGCCAGGGCUCUCGCCUACGACCUCGUGUACAACGGCGUGGAGAUCGGAGGUGGCAGUCUGCGCAUUUUCCGGCGGGACGUGCAGGAGAAGGUGUUUGACUGCAUCGGCCUCACCCCCCAACAGGCGGAGGAGAAGUUUGGGUACCUCAUGGAGGCAUUCGACCUGGGAGCCCCGCCACAUGGUGGCAUAGCCUAUGGGCUGGACCGCCUGGCAAUGCUGCUGCUCAACCAGCCAUCUAUCCGUGAUGUCAUUGCCUUCCCCAAGACCACCGCCGCCCAGUGCCUGCUCACCAACGCCCCUGCUCCAGUAGCAGAGCGCCAGCUGGCAGAGCUGUCGAUCCAGGUGGCAGGGGAGGAAGGGGAGGAUGACGGGGAGGAGGGGAGGUGA